AUGACUUCGACACGGAGGCCAGGCGUGUCCUUCUUCCCUCGCGCCGACGCCGCUGUCCUGUCCGCCCAACAUGAACCGCUUCCAGCCCGGGAACAGACCGUGGGGCCCAUCUACGACCCUCGCAACUUCGACAAGCCCAUCGAGCCGUGGCCUCUCGCCUCCGGAGAGAACCUCUAUCCUCCCAAGUCGGACCCGUUUGCGCCCUCGUCUAUCCCGGAGAAACCCCCAUACCUGACGGACCCCUACCUGCGGGCUUUCCUCGCUCGCAAUGAGAGACUCAGGCUGUCGAUGCUCUGGUACUACACCCGGGGCAUCCUCGACGAGCCUGAAUUCCGCGCUGGCCUGCAGGAGAAGGUUCAGCUUGCCCAGGAGUCGACGGGUUGGGAGUUCGCCAUCGUCGGCAUCCUCGAUAUCAACUUCUACAUCCGCAUCGCCACCGUGGGCGUCCCCGUCUCCAUCCUCCCACGAGGUGAAACCCUUUGUGCGCACACUGUGACGCAACCACCGGGCAGCAUCUUCCUAUUGCCGAACAUGCUAGAGGACUGGAGGUAUCAAAAAUCGCCGUAUGCGGAAUCUGGCGGGCUUCAGGCGUAUGCUGGUGCUCCUCUGCGCUUGCAAAGUAGCGACGGUGACUGUGUCGGGCUUGGAUCCCUUUGCGUUGCGUCAGGCACUAGCCAGGAGCCUCUAACAAAGAUACAGCAGCAAACCCUCGUCCGACUUGCUGACUGGGUGUCCGCUGAUAUCGUGCAGUGCGCGAGAGCAAGGCGCCAAAAGGACCGACGUCGAAUGUGGGAGUUGGCUGCCGUCGCGCAGAGGGAGGUUGAUGAAUCCAGUUCUCAAGAGCCCGUCUUCAAAAUACUUGAGACAAUCUACCCCGAGGCCACCAUUACUCUCCAGCCUUCCCGCGAUGCCCAGAUCGACAUCGAAGGACAGGGGUCUGUCCCGCUGUCUGACUUUGAGAACGGCUUGUGGGAGGACAUCGACUACAUCGACGACUUCAUCGCCAAAUCGAACCAACGUGAGCCCCCAUCGACGAAGGUGGUGCGUAUCCUCACUUCGCCGUGCGAGAGUAUAUCUGGACCUUCCUUUUUAGUCAUCUCAUCCCGCGACUUCCGACUCAUCUUUGACGACAUCGACUUGUGGUUUGUUCAGCUCUGCGCCACCAUGAUCUCACAACUCUGGCACAAGUUGCUGCUAGAAGAGGCCUUGGUUGCCAAGGAGAAGUUUCUUCGUGGGUUUUCACAUCAACUGCGAACACCAAUCCACGGAAUUCUCGGAUCCGUCGAAUUACUGGCUGAGGUAUUAAAGCCCAAGCUCCCCAGUGGAACCACGCCUCCACCGUCCGAUGCCGAAGAAAAAACCCGGGCUGCUGAGCCCUCCUUGUACCUGGACACCAUCAAAAUUGCCGGAAGAGAUCUCAUUUCGAUAGUGAACAGCAUGAUUACUUUGAACAGGUGGGCCGACAUUGCGAUGGCUGAUCGUUGUUAUGCCGUGCAUACCGUCCAUGAUCUUGAGAUGGAGCUGGGAGAUGAGAUCCACAAGAUGCUAGUUGAAGAUCCGCGCUACAGGUCGUCGAUCUUUUUCGAAUCGACCAAUGAUGUUCCUUUCAAGAUCGACAUCGGCCUUCUCCGGGACUGUCUGCUGCCGCUAGUCAUCAACGCUAUCCAGAACACGCAGGAUGGGAUAAUAAAGGUAAAAAUCACGGCGCACACUGAUGCGAAGGAGCUCAUCGUCGACAUCGAAGACAACGGUAGAGGGAUCAGUCCCGAUGACUACCAACGGAUAUUUGAGCCAUACGAAAAGGUCGACAUGCACUCUGGCGGUGCAGGUUUAGGCUUGACACUGGCUUCCAAGUUCGCGACACUUCUUCAUGGCGCCAUCACUUUGGAAUCAUCCAGCGUUGGCCGUGGCUCACAUUUUCGAGCCGCAUUUCGCAAGGUCGAGUUUUCACAAACGCAAAUAUCACCCGCACCACACAAGUCGCAGAGCCUUUUUUUGCAAUUUUAUGUCAAGGAACCAUCCUCCGAUGACCUUUCACUGUACAGCUGCUUCUCCAACUUUCUCAUUCGGAACGGAUUUACUCGCUCAGACCAGAAGGAAGAUUGCUGCGUCACUGUCCUUGAUUAUUUAGCCGAUUUGAAACAUGGUGAUAAACCACAGAUUCCGCCUGGUAAGGUUGGGGUUUGUUUAAUUCCAACUACAGAGAAUGAAUAUUGCUCUGAGCAAGCUUCCGACGAUAUAAUAUUCCUUACAGGUCCAUUUUUGACAUCAAAGAUGCAUUCAACACUCGAAGAAAUAAACAGAAGAUUGGAAAAACUCGGAACUUUGCCAGAGGAUCCGCCUGAGACCAGCGCUCCGCCGCCUGACCAGCCGCAGUUGGAGGAAGGACUCGUCGAAAAAGAACUCCCUACACACCCGAAGCCCUCAGAAAUCCCGAUUCCAGAAUCACCCAAACCAGUACCCGAACCGGAGCCAGCACCCGUGGCACCAGAGGCCCUGCCCAGCCCGAUACCCAUCGUAGAAACAAGGGAGGCCAAUCUGGUCAGCGUACCAAUCCCAACGAGAGGCCCCAAACCCACGACGCUGCUGGUGGACGACAACGCCAUCAACCUGCGCAUCAUGCAGAUGUACUGCACCAAAAGAGGGCUCCCCUACCUCUGCGCAAAAGACGGAAGGCAAGCGGUCGAGGCCUACUCCAAGCACCAGGCCGACGCCGCCGACGGGAAGGUGAGCCCAAUUGAACUCAUCUUCAUGGACCUCCAGAUGCCAAUCUGCGACGGCAUCGAGGCGACCCAGACAAUCCGACAGCUGGAAAAGGAGAAGCAGUGGGCCGAGUCGACCGUGUUUAUUGUCACGGGCCAGGACAGCCCGGCUGAUCGAGCGGCUGCGGACGGUGCCGGGGCCCAUGAGUACUAUGUAAAACCUGUGAGCGUUGCAACACUUGAUUUAGGCGUGGUUCGGUACUUUCCUGCAUUUAAAGCGAAGUGA